AUUCAAUUUUGAUUAUUUCAUAAAUUGGUGAACUUGAAUCGCCAUUUGGUCAUUCGUUGAUAGGCAUCUUUAUACCACCGAAUAUGGCGAUGUUAGCGAUAGUUCCCAUCAUGAUUGCCACAUGUAUAGUGUUACUGUUCAGGUUUAUUAAUCAAAAGUAUAACCCGCCCAUAUUUGGUAUAUAUACGCGGAGAAACAAGUAUUUUUGGUUCAAGUUCGUGUUUAUGUACGUAUUCCUUAGAGCAAAACAGUUGUACGUCCAUUUGAAGGGUCUUCUAGCAGUAGAACUAGGAAACAGCUACGAUGGAACCAAACAUAUUCAUGAGGAUGAUGUGGCUUUGGAGCAGAAACAUAGUCUCGGUGAUUAUUCACAGUCAGUAGAUGCAGUCUACUUUAACGGCACAGCGAAAGAUGGAGUCGCUCUGGUAUGCGGAGUGGCGCGACGACCGCAGUUCUAUUGCGACGCUUUCAUGUACGUAAAGGUAAACGGCGAAGACCUCUUGUUGUCUCCUGAACUGCCGGACACUCGGAUCAAACAAACUACGCUACAAGAAGGCCACUACAAAGCCGGGAGUAUUUGCCUCACCAAUCUUAUACCUAUGAGAAAUUGGAAGGUCUCCUACAAUGGAGAUAUGAAAUAUAAAAACAACCCUGAAAAAUCUGUCAAAGUGGAGAUGGACCUGACGUGGAGCGCUCACUGGCAAGCGUUUAAAUAUGACACCGACAUGUCACCACUGUCUAUGGCCAAGGACAUGGCGAGGGAGAAGUGGUCCGCCGACUACUUCAACGUUUUAAAGAAAUUCCACCAAACACAUUAUGAACAAAUGGGCUUCCUAACUGGAAAAAUUGUCGUUGACGGGAAAGAUCACUUGAUUAAUAUGCCCUGCGUUAGAGACCACAGUUUUGGGAAACAUCGGGAAUGGCGCAACUUCCACCGCUACGUGCUUCAGUUCAUUUACCUUGAGAACGGAGAUGCCAUGGCCAUUGGUGCUGUCAGCCAGCCGCUUAUGCUGUCACAUGUAACUAUCGGAUACUUGUGCCGGAACUCCGAUCAGGCAGUGUUGCCAGUAAAAGGCUGCGACUUCCAACUGUGGCAACACGGAGAAAACCAGAUCAUGCCCAAGAACUAUGGCUUUACUUUCAAAGCAGGUGGAAAGCGCUACGAUGUGAGCAUAAAAGUGAACGAUGAAGAUUUCUUCUACAUCGGCAAGACGAGAGAGGCCAAGAUAUACGAGCGAUGGGCAACAGCCGAGGUGAACGGCGUGAGAGGUUGGGGGUGUCUAGAGUGGCAGUAUAACAAUGUACCCGCUGCCAUGACCCAGUAAAAAAUAUAGCAGUAUAGAAUCAUUUUAUAUGUGUAAAUUGUAAAAAGAUUUGGCAAAAUUAUGGCAUAUGAAUAUGGAUUUAUGAAUGACAAACUCAGUGGCAAAUAAUAGGGUUUCUUAUGCCAUGACUCUACGAAAAAAUAUCAAUACUAGCACAACUGAAGAAAAAUAAAUUAAAAUUUUUAGAGGUAACAUAAUUUGUAAAUGGCAAGAAUGUAGACCUGCGCCUGUUAUGUAGUAUUUAGUUGUCAUUCUGUUUGGUACACUCAAACAGACAAAGGACAUUGAGUUAAUAUAAACAUUGGAGUCAAAAUAUGGUUUGAAAACAUGUAAGCGUUGUUCGCCACCGACUAAAAAUAAGUAAUGGAUCAAUGUGCUUCUUCCCUUUUGCUUAAAAAAAAGGGAACUACCAAGUAAUGAGCCUAUAUGACAACUUAACAAAGACUGUUAAUAACUUCAUGUUUUAUCGAAAAAUGAUUAUUUUACUUGAAAACUAUUUCGAGGGGAGGAAAAAAACGAAAAAAAUAGCGAGGAAAGUUAACUAUAUUUAGCAUAACAUUUCAUAACUUAUAUAAGCUAUAACUUAAGAUUAUAAAAUAUCGACUAGCAAAUUAUGGCGAAUUGUUAGUUUUGUUUUCCUUUA